AUGGGACCAGAACUUCAGGACAAUCAGCCUCACGUCAUCUCUGAGGGCGCCCGCGGAGAGUCUCUGCACACAAAACCACCAGCUGAGAGUCUUUCCCCGGCGUCUCAUUACUCCUUUGUUACCUUUGUUGCUUUUCUUGCCUUUGUUGCCUCUGUUGCCUUUGUUGCCCCUGACUGGCCCUUCCGGUGCCCAACAGCAGUUACUGGCGUCAAUGUCACGGUCCACAAGACCUCAGAAGCGAAGAGGAACAGACCUCAAUGUCGCAAGGGGGGACUGCACCUCCAAACCGCUCAUUACGAUAUAAUCGAUGAAGCCGAAGCCGAGCUGCAAAAAUGGGCAAGGACCGCCGGAUUUGCUGUUCGGCGUACCAGAUCCAAGGCCAAGCGUCCGAACUUUGGCCCUACCAAGGUGGAUUUCGUGUGCUACAAUGCCCAGGCCUACGAGCGCCACUUCACACUGGCGAGGCGCCCAAAUGAUCGAUCACUUUGCAUCUCUGAGGCCGCUUGAAAUGCACAUGCGAAGGCGCAUCGCCCCCGUCUCAUCCAUGUCUACCCUGCACCGUCAAAGUCCCUGUUCUCGAGCUCCACUUUUAGAACCCCCCCGGUCAAAAACCAGCCGGAAACCCCCUCUCGCACCAGGCCCGAUACGCUGGAGGGAGGGAUCGAGAGAGAUUGAAGCUUUGGAAGCGCUUAGUCAUGACAGCUGGCGCUCGAUUCAUUCUGCCUGAGCAUGGCCUCGGCAUCAAUAGCUUCAGGCAGCCUUUCUCAGUUAUCUGACUUUAUUGGGGCUGAUCGUCG